UCUAGUAAAAGUGAUACACAGUAGAAUAUUGUCAUUUGUGUCGCCAAGGCAGAGCCAUAAGCAGCAACACCCCAGACAGUAGCAGAUACUCAGUAAAGCAGCAGCAAAAUGCCCAAGAAUAAAGGAAAAGGUGGCAAAAAUCGUCGUCGUGGUAAGAACGAGAACGAAUUCGAGAAACGCGAGCUGAUCUUCAAGGAGGAUCAACAGGAGUACGCACAGGUGACCAAAAUGCUGGGCAAUGGUCGGUUGGAGGCAAUGUGCUUUGAUGGCGUCAAACGCCUGUGUCACAUUCGGGGGAAACUUCGCAAGAAGGUGUGGAUCAAUCAGGGCGAUAUCAUAUUGGUCGGAUUGCGUGACUAUCAGGACUCGAAGGCCGAUGUCAUCCUGAAGUACACGCCCGACGAGGCCAGGAAUCUGAAGACAUACGGCGAGUUCCCCGAAUCGGUGCGCAUCAACGAGACAGUCACAUUCGUGGAGGAUGGCUUCGACGAGGACAUCGAGUUCGGCGACGAGAUCAGCUCAGAGGACGAUGCUGAUUCCGUUGACAACAUCUGAUUAACAAGAAAACAAAGGAAGAUGUUAUCCGGAGGAGCAGCAGCAUCAUCAGGAGGGGGAGGGACGGGUUCGAGUGCGAGUGCGAGUGCGGCAGGAACGUCCGGCGGUGCAAAGUCAGUCAAAGAGUAGGGAAUUAAACAAAUUGUAAAAAGCAAAGAAAACCAGACCCCCCACAACCACAUACCCAGCCAGACACACAGCAGGCUACCCAACAUCCACAGAGCGGCGACACGACCACUGGCAAAGAGCGACAACUACAGCCACAACAAUUACAGAUAAUAGCCCACAGUUUUUCAACAACUUCAAUGUCUUUCUAUAAACUUUUCGACUAGGUUCCAAAUUCAAAUUGUUUAAUCUAAUGCCGCGUCGCAAGCGACACGACAAACAACUAUGUAAUACAAUUAGUAGAACUGUUGCACUGAGCAGCAAACCAUGCCACACAGUGAAGCAACGAACAGAACACUAAAUCUUUAUGAAAUUAAACAAAGCAAAGAAAACCCAUAACAAAACGGAUACUAGUUAUUAUUCACAAAAAUCUAGAAAAAAAAUAAAACGCAGAAUAAAGCAAAUUCAUAAAUCAUAAAUAAUAGAAUAGGAGUUUAGCUAACAUUUAUGUGUGUAAAUGAGAAAGCGGAAGGUAUAGAAGUUUCCAUUGUAGCUAGCGAGUAAGCCAAAUCAAAUUAAAUCAACCAACCAUCGAGGUUUUGCCCCUCCCAAAAAGUGUUCCUUCUCGUCUUGUUUUAACUCUAUCUCUAUACUGGAUACUUGAUACUUUUGUGUUAUUUUUGAUGGUCUUCAUAGCUAUAUAUAUCAUAUAUUCCCAACGCCCCUUUUGUUUUUGCUGUCGAUGCAUUCGGUCCAGCUCCUUCCCUAUUUCCCUAUUUAGUUGUAAUUUAAUUCGAGCCUAACGAACGUGUAAAAACUAAAGAACAUUGAUUUUUUGUACUGAGUUGAACUCCAAUAAAUGGCGUUGAUUAACCCGAA